CACAGUCAUAUGCGCACAAUACAGACGCACCGAUGGAUGCUCGCUAGUAGAUCUCUCUUAUGUCCUACACUGUGGUCUGCCAAAGAACUUGGAGGAUGACCUAACACGGUUUUGAGGGUGAUAUUUUAAAAAAAAAAAAGAGAGAAGCUUGGCGCGAAUUGUUUGGAUCCCUGGGGAUUCUCUAACCUGGACCCCCAGCUAAGCUUCAUAGAUGAUCUUUCCCCAUGCGACUUCGUGGCUUUGGUUCACAGAGGACCGUCUGCAGACCAGGUAUGGCGGUGGCAAACAUGGUGCGUUUCUCUGACGUAGAAACUUUCUUGGACUCGCACCCGGAGUUGUUCGAGGAGUACCUGCACAGAAAGGGCACCUAUGGCAUGGUGGAGAAGUGGCUCAAGAACCACCCGGCCACCAAGGGUCCGGCGGUCCCGACCCCGUCGGGGGAGCACAGGGACGACAAGGGCGCCGCACCGAAGGACAGCUGGGCGAGCAGGUGUGACGGUCUGCAGCGCCGGGCCUCGCAGAGGGAGCUGCGGAAAACUUUCGCCCGCUCUAAAGCCGCCAACGUGAACAGAACCUACGACGAGCACGUCAACUCGCGGGCGCAAGAGCCGCUGAGCAGCAUGCGGCGGCGAGCCCUGCUGAGGAAGGCGAGCUCCCUGCCGCCCACCACCGCGCACAUCCUGAGCGCGCUCCUGGAGUCCAGAGUCAACAUCCCUCAGUACCCGUCCACGGCCGUGGACUUCAAAUAUUUCCUCAAGGAGCACAACGAGAGGGAGUUCUUCCUGGAGCUCGUCAAGGACAUCUCCAACGACCUGGACCUGACGAGCCUCAGCUACAAGAUCCUGGUGUUUGUGUGCAUCAUGGUGGACGCGGACCGGUGCUCCCUGUUCCUGGUGGAGGGCACCGGCAACAAGAAGACGCUUGUGUCCAAGUUCUUUGACGUGCAUGCGGGCACCACCGUGCUGCCCUCGAUGAACUCGGAUGAGGUGCAGGUCCCCUGGGGGAAAGGAAUAAUCGGGUACGUGGCGGAGCACGGAGAGACCGUCAACAUUCCUGACGCCUACCAGGAUCGCCGGUUCAGCGAUGAAAUUGACAAGCUGACAGGGUACAAGACCAAGUCGCUCCUGUGCAUGCCCAUUCACAACAGCGAUGGCGAGAUCAUUGGCGUCGCUCAAGCCAUCAACAAGACUUUAAGUGUGGAACUCUUCACGGAAGACGAUGAAAAGGUGCUGCAGAUGUACCUGCCCUUCUGUGGCAUAGCUAUCUCAAAUGCCCAACUCUUUGCUGCCUCAAGGAAGGAGUAUGACAGAAGUCGGGCACUCCUGGAGGUCGUCAACGACCUGUUUGAAGAACAGACUGACCUGGAGAAAAUUGUCAGGAAGAUCAUGCACCGUGCCCAAACAUUGCUGAAGUGCGAGCGCUGCUCCGUCCAGUUGCUGGAGGACAUUGAGUCACCAGUGGUGAAGUUCACCAAAUCUUUUGAGUUAUUGUCUCCAAAGUGCAGUGCUGACACUGAAUUGAGCUUCAAGGACAGUAUGGAAAAGUCUUCUUACUCUGAUUGGCUCAUCAAUAACAGCAUUGCCGAGCUGGUCGCAUCCACUGGACUUCCUGUAAACAUCAGCGACGCUUACCAGGACCCUCGCUUUGAUGCUGAGGCGGACCAGUUUUCAGACUUCCACAUCCGCUCAGUGCUUUGUGUUCCUAUAUGGAACAGCAAUCACCAAAUUAUCGGUGUGGCCCAGGUGUUGAACCGCCUUGAUGGGAAACCAUUUGAUGAUGCAGAUCAGCGUCUCUUUGAGGCAUUUGUGAUCUUUUGUGGACUUGGCAUCAACAACACCAUCAUGUACGACCAGGUGAAGAAGUCCUGGGCCAAACAGUCUGUGGCUUUGGAUGUUCUGUCUUACCACGCCACUUGCUCCAAGACUGAAGUAGACAAAUUCAAGGCCGCCAACAUCCCCCUUGUGUGCGAGCUGGGUAUUGACAUGCUCUCCUUUGAUGAUUUCUCCCUGGAUGUUGAUGCCAUGAUAACAGCUGCUCUGAGGAUGUUUAUGGAGCUGGGAAUGGUCCCCAAAUUUAAGAUUGACUAUGAGACACUGUGCAGAUGGCUGUUGACUGUCAGGAAAAACUACCGGAUGGUUCUGUACCACAACUGGAGACAUGCCUUUAACGUGUGCCAGUGUAUGUUUGCCAUGCUCACGACGGCCGGCUUUCAGGAGACUCUGACAGAAGUAGAGAUCUUAGCUCUUAUAGUGGGCUGCGUGUGUCACGACUUGGACCACCGGGGCACCAACAACGCUUUCCAGGCGAAGACGGGCUCAGCUCUCGCGCUGCUUUAUGGCACCUCAGCUACACUCGAGCACCACCACUUCAACCAUGCUGUCAUGAUCCUGCAAAGCGAGGGUCACAACAUCUUCUCCAACCUCUCGUCCGCUGAAUACAGUAACCUGAUGCAGCUGCUCAAACAGUCUAUUCUGGCAACGGAUCUCACUCUUUACUUUGAGAACAGAAACACCUUCUUUGACCUUGUCACCAAAGGAGAUUACAACUGGAACGUAAAGGCCCACAGAGACAUGUGCAGGUCGAUGAUGAUGACGGCGUGCGAUCUCGGCGCUGCCACCAAACCUUGGGAAAUAUCCCGCAAAGUGGCAGAGUUAGUGACCAGCGAGUUCUUCGAGCAGGGCGACAGGGAGAGAUCCGAGCUCAAGCUCACGCCCUCGGCCAUCUUUGAUCGAAACAGAAAGGACGAGCUGCCCGGUCUUCAGUUGGAGUGGAUUGAUGGAAUUUGUGCCCCUCUCUACAAGACUCUGGUCAAGUUGAAUCCUAAACUUCAGCCCAUGCUUGACAUGAUCCAAGCCAACAGGGCCAAGUGGGAGGAGCUGAACCAAGAGCGACAACGGGGCCACAGCGUUUCCGCCCCUGCGAGCCCCUGCGGCGUCACUGAGGUCCCGGAAAACAUGGCCCGCACAGUUCAGAAGACGGGCAGCGGUGCUGACGACUCAGCAUCUAAAUCGGUCGGUUAGCUUCCAGCCAUGCAGGGCGCACUCCUUACAUCCUCUUCUCCAUGCUGGCUUACAACUUGUGCAGCGCAUGCGAGCGUUCUCCUCAGAGACCAGUUUGCAAGUGUGCUAAAGGUUGUCAAGGUUUGCAGAGCUGGUCCACGCCGCCGCACACCAGCCCACGAGAUGCGAGUCAGCCUGCAGGAAAUAUGUCAGCUAACUUUUCUGGCCAUUGCACACCAAGACGUGGCCAAAUAUUGGAGAGAUGAUGCUUGUGGCGACUGUCUGUGUACAUAGGCUAUUGAGAACCGCGUUGCGUUCAUGUGCGCUCCCAAAACUCUGGAUUGUCUUGUGGCUGUAGAAGGAUGAAGUGUUGCAGGAGAGGCGGCUGCAAUGUUCCACUUCCUUCCCUCUUGUGCCUUGUUUCAAAGAGCCCCAUGGAAAAUGCAUGCCCUCCUAACACACACGCACUCUCACACACACAAACACACACACACGCUCACACACUUUGGGAAAUGACACCUCUGAUGGAUCUUGUCCCAUCAUCACCGUGAUUCAAAGGUCCUUAAGGGUGCAGACUGUUUUCAUCACUUAGCCUUUAUAAACCCAACAAAAUUUUUAGCUUUUUCACUGAAAAGAUUGCACAAAAACAUAAACAAGCAGGAAUUACAGCACAGCGAUUUAGUACCUUCAUUUUUCUGAGGAUCAAAACAUUUAUUUCAUUCUUGUCCUAAGGCGAUGAUUACUCCUUUAAAAAGCACGACAGAAAGUAACAGGAGUGAGUUUUUAGCAUAGAAUUAUCAAAUACAUGAAAUUUAGCCUCAUGAGCGUAUGAAUGCCAACAACAUAUUGAUAUUAAGCAUGUUACAGUGAUUCAACAAAAUACACAAAUAGCAUCAAAACAUAAUAUUCAGUACUGUGAUAAGAACAAUGCUCUCAGUACAAACAAAAGACAAGGCCGACACAUUCAACUUAAUGGCAAAGACUUCUCCCUGGCAACAUAGCUAGGACGAACCUAACAACCGGACAGCACAGUGUUUAAUGUUAAAUAAUUAAAAUAGAUUUUAUUGUUAAACGUUUAUGAACUCAAAAAAGUACAGAAAAUUGGUGCUGUUGAGUACAGCUAUCAAUUCCAAAGAACUGGGAAAAAGGUACUCAUCGAUAUUUGAUGGCUGCAAAGGAUUUUUUAUCCAAGUAUUACAAAUGAUCGUAUUUACAAAUAUGUCUGCCCCUGAAAAUGGAGAUAAACAUGGCUUGUCCCUUGCUUAAAUAUUACGGAAUCACCACAUUUAUUAUAUUUGUGUCUAUUUUUGGUCCUAAAUUAAGGAUUUUGAAUUUAAAAAAUGGCUAAUUGCAAUCAAAUGUGCAACUAGAGGAGACCAAACCAAUCAGAGCGCACUGUUCAGUAUUGUGGCCACUGAUUGGCUCAGCCUCAAGCAGCAUUACUAUACCUGACUAAAAGAGUAUAAAAGGGUGUUAUUCUCAUAAUAUAUAAAUGGUUGAUUUAUAUGGCUAGUAAGGUCAAGUUUUGUACCUGACAAGUUUCGUGUUUUAUAUUACCUGCUCAGUGGCCUAGUGGUUAGGGCAGGGGUGGGCAAUUAAUUUUUACCGGGGGCCGCAUGAGCUACCCGAGCACUGCUGGAGGGCCACAUCGACAAUAUUUCAAUUAAAUUUUGCUCAAUAUUAUUUUUGAUAUAUACCGUAAGAUAAAUAAUAAUAAUAAUAAUAGUAAUACUUCAACAUAGUGUGUGUAACAGCAUUCCAUGACUAAUAUAUAUAAAUUAACAUUAAUAAUAAAUGACAGUAAAAUAAGCACACGUAUGACUGAGGAGUCAUAGUGUAAAUUUGUGUGGUGUUUGAGUUGUCCGACUUUUUGUGUGGCCUUAAACGCACCAGUGGUUUAGUGCUAUGCGUGUUGGUGACAGAUGACAAGUUGGUUUUGGCCUGGUUUGUACGGCAGAAAAUGACUAGUUUUUCGAGAUAGAAUUGUUUUACUCAUGUUUUUGGUGUGGUUAUGUCCGAAUAUAAACAGUUUUGUUCAAUAAAGUGAUCGAUAUAAUUCCUGUCCUCGAAGCAUCUCGAUAGACGUUACAAUAAUUGAACGGUGUUCAAUUGAACGGUGUUGACGAACACCGUUAGGGCCGCUUGUUGUCACUGUCACUCAAAGUUGCAUUGCAAAAUUACAUAGAAUAAAUAUGUUUAUUUUGUUUAUAAUUCAGAUGGGAUUUGAUUUGGUGCGCGGCAUAUAUACUUGCUGCGCGCAGCGGACGCUUGAGCAGUGCGCAAUUGCGCAGGCACGCACCUUAGGUGAGGGGACGUUGCUUUGCAGUCCAUGUCUUGUUGAAAACACGCCAUUCUUCAUCAACUUUUCUCUUUUUGGCGUCUCGGGUGUAAACCGUGCAUCACUUGUCGCUGCAUGUGCACCUUCACUCGCAGGUUACGCACGGACACACGCCCAUAAAUAAUACUUUUCAAAAUAAAAGCAGCACAGUUGUAUUGCGCGCAGGACAUAGAUGUUUUUUCAACUUUAUUUUGUAAUUGCAGUUGUUCACAUUCACUCACAAUCACGCAUACGUCCACACGGAAGUAAUACAAAUAACGAUUUUCAAAACAAAAGCAGCACCGUUGUAUUGCACACUCGACAUAGAUACUUUUUAAAAUGUAUUUUGUAAUUUAUAAUUGGCCUCACGCGGGCCGGACAGGGACGCACAAAGGGCCGGAUGCGGCCCGUGGGCCGCAGAAUGCCCAGGUCUGGGUUAGGGUGUCCGGUUGUGAGUUCAAACCAAAGACUAUAAAAAUGGGAGCCAUUACCUCCCUGCUUGGCACUCAGCAUCAAGGGUUGGAAUUGGGGGUUAAAUCACCGAAAAUGAUUCCCGGGCGCGGCCACCGGUGCUGCUCACUGCUCCCCUCACCUCCCAGGGGGUGAUCAAGGGUGAUGGGUCAAAUGCAGAGGAUACGUUUCACCACACCUAGUGUGUGUGUGUGACAAACAGUGAUACUUUAACUUAACUUCCAUCCAUUUUCUACCGCUUGUCCCUUUUGGGGUCGGGGACGUGCUGCAGCCUAUCUCAGCUGCAUUAGGGCGGAAGGCGGGGUACACCCUGGACAAGUCGCCACCUCAUCACAGGGCCAACACAGAUAGACAGACAACAUUCACACAUUAGUGUUGUCAAUCAACCUAUCCCCAGGUGCAUGUCUUUGACUUAAUAUGGAGAAAUCCAUAUAACACGUCACAGGUGACGUCACGCUAACAUCACGCUAACAUCACGUGACACCUCUGAUGAAGGCUGCAGCAAGGUCGCCGAAACUUGUCAGUAGGAGGAGGAAGAGGAGGAGCUGCCUGGCGGGCCGCAGCACACCCAGACCACGCCUGGCCACCCUCACUCCUCUGCCAUCACCCAGCUUGACAACAACCACCACCACCUCCAUUCGCACAAGGGAGGAGACCCUCUGUGACCUUUGACCCUGAAGGAGCGGCACAAUGGUCCCCGCCCAAAGGAGCACGAGAAGGUCUCAAAAGGAGAGAACCAGCUGCCAGCAGACAGUCCAGAAUGAAAACAACAACUUCCAAGUACAGUAGUUGCACUUUUUGCAGGACUCGGGUGUUGACAAAAAUGUUCAAGUAGUUCAUCAUUCUGCAGAGUCCAGCGCCCACAUAAAGAAUCUCACUUGUGACUCAGUUUGUUUUUUUGUGUUUGUUUUUUUAAGAGUACGACUGCAAAAUAAAAUAAGUUAUGAGUGCAAGGAGCGAAUCAACUGAUUUCAAUAGGAAAUGUUGAUUUGAGAACCAAGUGUUUGAGUUAAAAGGGAUUUAUUACACAAAACCAACUCUUCUUACCUGUUGGUACUGUUUUUGUGUUGGUACUGUUUGUGUGUAUUUGG